UUGAUUAUUCGGCAUAAAAAUAUUUGUAAUUCCAAAUAUCCAGUAUUGUAAAUAUAUAUUAACCAAAUUUAAAAUUCUGCGAAUGGUAUUAAUGAAUCUUUGAACAAUAAAAAUAUAAAUUUUUCAAAAAAAUAGGCAAACUAGAAAAAUUUGCCAUCUCGUUAGAAUUUUACAAGAGUGUUCUUUACUCUUUUUUUUCGUCAAGUGCACUCAUCAUCGCUCUUAAGAAUAAUUACGCACACAGGUGCACGCGUUCAAAAUAAAACACUUAAAGGGUUAAUAAACCUCAAUAUUCAAUGGGGCUAUAUUUAACGUUUAUUGUACGCUUAACUUGAUUAUUCGUAUCAUAUACUAAGUUUUUACUAAAUAUAUAGUUGCGAUAGACAUCAUGUCACUUUUAUAUACAUUUUCAAAUUUGACCGUAUAAUUACGACUCAUUCCGGUCUCAUGACAGUGCUGAUGAAGUUACGUUCUCAUUACGGUGCUAAUAAGACUUCAAAAUGUUUUAUAUAACACGCGCGGUAAAACCUCGUUUAUCCGCAGCUUGUUUAUACGAACAAAUUAAUUCUGAGCCUCUUUAAGCACAGACCGUCACGUAACCGCAACGUCAUGUACCGGUCGGUGACGAAUAGUGUGAACGGUCUCAUUUAAAACGUAUGUUUCAAUGUUUUGUCGUGACGUUGCCGUUACGUAACGGUCCGCGCCUUAUAGCGUAAAUUGACCUUUAUUCCUAUAAUAGAAAUAUUUAUAUACACGCGAUUAUUUGUCCUUCUUCAAAAUAAAUUCUAUCUGUCAGAGGAGGAACAAUCGAAAUUCCAACACCUGAAGGGCACUGUCCACGAGACGUCGCUUCGUACAAGUUUGUUUGUAGUCUAUUAAAACGUGACGAUACGUCUAUGAGCGAUGUUGAGUCUACGAGGCGUACAGUAAGAUAUAUUCUGUCUUAUUAUUAAAACGUCUAACAACCAGCAAGGCGCCUUCAUCCUAAAUUAUAGUUACGUACGUCUCGCUACUGACGAUCUUAAGCUAAGUUCACACUGGCAGACGAUUGAAGAAUGCUUGUAGAAAACACUGUGUGAGCGCCAACAUUGAAGAAACUGUAUCUUUUAUCGGAAAGUUUAUUCUACGUACUAACGAGAUAUACUAACGUGGUAUAGAAUUUAAAUGCAAUUUUCCUUUCUAAAUAGUUAUCAAUGAUGCUGGAAGACGAUGUCACAAUAAAAAUAUUAAAGUAUUAAGCACCAAUAAACAUUAGUUGAUUGUUUCUUGGCUUUUGUCUAUAUCGUCUGCCUAAAUGAAUGAAAUAUUGAGCUUUCUUUACAAAUAAGGGGCACUUUUGGCACAUAUGGGCUUUUCUAUAGACUUUUCUUUUUCACGAAUUUCGGUAGCAUUAAUUUGUAUAAGGUUUCUUCUCCUCCUGAAAAACUAGUUUCUUCGCAUUUACAGAGCGUUUGCUCAUCAGUUGCUGGCAGACACGUGUCGCAGACGAACAGCAUCUUUCCUGCAAAAUCCACGGACGACGGGAGACAAUAUUUAAGCGGAAAGACAGCUCGCGGAUAAAACCAUGUCCACACCGACUGACAAUUAUCGGCAGACAUGCGUCAGGGAGAAUCCCAAUAAAAUGCACGUCCGCAGUCAAGUAUUUUAUUUUCCACUGAGAUGGAAGACACGGGAGACGCUUGCGGGCAAAAACUCUCAGGAAAAGUGUGCAUUUUACCUGGUUUGGGAAGCAACGAUUCCGCUGUACGACGCUGAAAUUUAUGACACGGUACUUGAUACGGUGACAAGAAACGGUGAAAGUAGAAAAUUUGAAAAUACACGUCAUUUGUCGAAAUCACUGCAAAGUCACGUAAAGAAGUCACGCGUCGUAAAGAAUCGUUCGGAAAUAGAGCAAAGAAUGGUUAAACGAACAUUAACCUCAAUGAUGGACAGCUUGAAGAGGAUCGAUUCCUUGGCCCCCGCGAUCGCCAGACAUCACGCCACAUCACGUCAUUUUUAUUCAUGGGGAACUCCGAGGGAAAAAAUUUUGCGAGGCAAGAAUUAAUAUACCUCAGGUCUUAACCCCGCUAUGUUCUUUCCAUCUUUCUCGACCAAUUAUAUUUUAACAGCGUGAAAAAUAUCAUCACAGUUUGUACAAGAUAUGAGAAAGUUUCAGUUUUCCGAGAAACGUUCCCUUAAAAUAUUCAAAAUUUGUCCUUGACUGUUAAAAUCGGAGUAAGUUCAAAAUAUAAAAAUUUGGAAAUUGUAUGAAAGAGUUAAUAAUAAAGAAUUUGUAGUACACUCAUGAGAUAAACCUGCGGUAAAUAUCGUUAACCUAUUUUCAUGUUUCAUAUAGCGAAAAAUCAGUUCGUUAUUUCAUCAUCAGUUCUGUAUUGUAUUUACAAACGUUUUAUAGCUGUUAGUAAAACAUUUAUAUGCUUGUUUAUACAUAAAUAUAUGUUCUUAUUUUUACUUGUAGAAUGUCAAAAUUGAGCCACCUUAUAUAUCUGAUUUAAAUCAUCAAAAAAUCCUAUUGUCCUACUUCUUUUUGAACCUGAUUGGGAACGAAAAUAUGUGAUUAUUUAUAAAUAUAGGUAAUGAAAUGUAAACUGCGACUUGUUUGCAUAUUUCCC